AUGAGUGAGGAUUCCAUGAAUGACAUAGACAUGUAUGACAUAGACGAUGAUGACAAUUGGGUGGAUGACAUAGACGAGGAUGACAUAGACAUGGGUGAGUGGGGACCUGACAAUCCAAAUUACAUUUACCAACAUUGGUACGAUACACUGGAACAGUCUUAUGAUCUUACCAUCGAUCCAGAUGCCGAUGUGGGUGACGUAAGCGAUGAUGAUGGCAUGGAUGGUGAUGGCACGGCUGAUGUAAUGACUGAUUUGGCCCUUUAUGAGAUGGAGCUAAAAAUCAUGGGAUUGCAACUAGAAUUGCAUGAAUUGAAAUCUAGAUUAAAAGGUAAGCAAAAGAGAGGUGUACCUCAAAGGACUUCUCGUCUCACAGGAGCGAUGUGGGUACAUUGGGUGUUGCACAAUCCUAACCAGAAUACAUGCUAUGAGCGAUUUAGAAUGUGGCCAGCCACUUACAUUGCUCUUUGUAACACAUUAGAACAAAAUGGGCUUUUACGCAACACUCGAACUGCUCAAGUAACAGAACAACUGGCUGCAUUUUGUUUGGUCAUGUCACAAUGUUGGUCGGCACGAUCCGUCGCUGACAGGUUACAACGAUCAACAUUCUUCGUAAGCGUUUAUGUUAGAAAAUCGGCAAGAGCACUUUGUCAAUUGGGGAAAUCAAUUUUACAACCCAAUCCUGUUCCGCUACCACAUCCCAAUGUCGCCAAUAACGCUAUGUACUACCCAUGGUUUGCGGAUUGUAUUGGAGCAAUUGAUGGAAUACAAAUAGAUGCACGUGUAUCAAGUAAAAAGCAUAUUCACUACCGAGGUAGGAAGUGCACUACAACUCAAAAUGUCAUGUGCGUUGUGGAUCUGGAUCUUUGCUUCACAUAUGUUUAUGCUGGAUGGGAAGGGAGCACGCAUGACGCACGUAUUUUCACAAUGUGCGUUAACGAUUCGAGGUUAAAAUUUCCGACUCCAGUAGGAGAUGCCUACUACUUGGUGGACUCGGGUUACGGUUUAUAUCGAGGAUUCCUGACACCUUUUAGAAGGGAACGAUACCAUCUUCAAGAAUGGCAAGACGGGGGUUUACCAAUUAAUCAAAGGGAGGGAUUUAAUCGUAGACACGCGUCGCUGAGGUCAGUUGUGGAACGCGCAUUCGGAGUGUUGAAGAACCGUUUUCCUAUCAUGAGGAAAAUGCCUCCAUACCCAAUCCGGUAUCAGCGAUUGUUUGUAAUCGCUUGUUGUACAAUCCACAACUUUAUUCGAAAGCAUUCUGGAGUUGAAGACAAAUUAUUUAAGGAAGCUCUAAAGGGUAUGAACCCGUGGGUUGAUGUUAUUGUGCUGCAGCCAGGGACAGUAGUCCCAUAUAUAUCAAGUGGGUUACGGCCAAAUCAAUCAAGCGACAGCACGAGAUAUAUGGGAAAAAUUCGAGAUGUAAUGGCCCGUCAUAUGUGGGAACAUGGCACUUUCGAAUAG